GCACUCGAUCGUUAGUUGCCGAAGCGAAAUAAUUUGUGCGCGCAGCACCCGCAGCGCUGGACCCCGACGCCGCGGCGCGCAUCGAUUCGUGCAGCGGCGCGUCGCCGACGCGGCCCGCGCGCGCGGGGCAGCGCUGGGCGCGCCGGAAAUAAGUCGUGCGAAGCGAAAGCAGCAACAUGGCCGGCGAGCCGGCGACGCGCACGCCGCCGCGGCCUCGGAGACGGAGCGGGUCGGGGCAGAUCGGCCCGCUCCAGCUGGAGAGCCCCGCGCCGCGCUACGCCCAGGUCUCCGCCGGGUCCCUCAGCCCCGCGUUUAAUCCCCUCAAGAGCAAGCAGAAGAAGCGCGUCGCGCUGGUCUUCGAGGGCUUGGGGGCCGACCCCGUCAAAGCUCGCGCGCAAGUGCUGGCCACGAGUUCGCCCCUGGCUCUCAAACUCAAAGAGGCGUACGACGGCGAUCUUGAAGAGGCGGACGCGGGCCUGCCGGAGACGCAGUUGCCGGUUUGUGUGAUGCUCGGGUUGCUGCGGUUGGAAUCAGCGCUGUUGUCGCCGGACGUGCCUCUAGGUUUCGGGGACGCGCCGUUGUUAGUAUGUGGACAUAGCGCGGGGUUCUUAGCGGCAGCGUGCGUCGCGCUCGAUGCGGAGGACCCCUUCGCCCAUGCGGGCGAUGCGAUUCGAUGUGCUCAGAGGAUCGGUAAAGCUAUCAAGGCGUCGGAUACGUCGUGUGCGUUGUUACUACCAAAAACACCACCGGCAGUGGCCGCGAUGAAGGUCCGAAGUCAAACAAAAAUUCAACUAGGACUGGUGAACGCGCCAUCAUCCUGUGUCUUGACGGGCUCUAUUCAGGACUUUGUUGAUGUAGCACCGAAGACCGUGAAACUCCCGAUACGGUGGCCGGUGCAUAGCUCGCUGUUAGACGAGGCGCGAGUAGCGGUACAGGACGCGUCCGAGCUAGACUUCCUGGACAAACACCCGCACUGCGUCGUGUUGUCGCCGGAGGACGGCGAGGAGUGCUCGACGCUCAGAACAGAUGUCCUCGGGACGCUCACGUCGCAACCGGUCGUGUGGCCCUCGGUGCUCGACGCGGUGCAGGCGCGGCUGCCGGACGAAGUUAUUUUUUUGGGUGAUUCCUACGGGUUACUGGCGUGGCAUCCGGUUAUUGGUAGUAAGAGGACCUACCAGAUGAAGUCGUCAGAUGGUAGCUUCGCGGUGAAAAUACGAGCGGCGAGGGAUGAAGAGGAGGAACCCGUCGUGGAAGAGGAGGACCAGGAGGACGACUCCAUGGCCUUGUUCGCGAAGAAGAAAGGCAAGAGGAAGGACGUGGACGCGGCCGAAAAUAUGCAGGGCCACGCGUACUUCGCGGCCAUGUUGGGUAUCCUGUUUACGCAUGGUAAUAUCCAUACGUUGCCGGGGAAGGGCGAUCCGUCCGCCGCGGAGCCGUGGACCGGGCUGCAGCAGUUACACGCGAAUUUGGGGGCCGGGUUCGGAUUGUUGUUAUUUUUCGCCGUUGCGGGCGUCGGCGACGAGCGGUCCUUCUGGAAGCGCGGCGGCGUCGAGAAGCAGACGACCUGGGAGAUGUUGAAACCGCUCGUGACGGUCUAUGUCACGAUGGUGGUACUAUCGGCCCUGACGCAUGUCACGUACGAAGGGUUAUACAGAAACAUGGGCUGGCGCUGGGCGCCGAAACAAAAGAAGCCCUGGCCCUUGCGGCCGAAUCUGACGCGCACGAAGUGGUUCGUGGUCAUCCUGGCUUUGGCGAGGCUUGUGGGGAGGUUGCAUCGACGAGCGUGCAAAAAAUAUCCUAAGCUCUAUCCCGUCAAUGUCAUCGUGUCACUCAUACUCAUGUUCGUGAUACAAGUGGAAGUCCAUCAAGAACUCGAGUGGAAGGGGUCGGGCCUGGGGAGCAUGGCGUACGGUAGAUUAUGUGGCGUGUUUAUGUAUAUCGUGGCGCCCAGUGUGCUACCGAUCGGUCUGCUCACGCCGAAAUCAUAUGCGUUCGCGUCCGACGAUAACAAUGCCUGUAUCGAGUACGCCGUGCCCCACGUCGUCUUGUCGAGGUGGCGGCGGCUCAUGACGUGUUCUAGACGAGGUCUGUCCAGAGUGGCGCCGUUCUUCGCCGAAGAAGAUAUCCCGAGGAAAGACGGCGUGGUGCGGAUUCCCGCGCACGUGGCGCGGCCUUUAUGCUUCCUGAUUAUUUAUUUGCGGUUGCUGGCGUCGGCGUCGUCGAUGGGGUAUAGAGCCGCCACGUAUGAUAUAAACAACGACGACGCGUGGGCUGGCACUGAUAUUUCAAAAGGAGAAAGGUGGACCUACGCCUGGGUCUGUAUUCUGAGGAGUGACUGCAAGGCCGGCGGGCCGUCGAUGCAUUUUUCCUCCAAAGGGGCAAUAUAUCUUAUCUCCAUACUCGACUACGGGUUCGCGAUGCUCUAUAGUACGGCGGCGUGCUACGUGGCGCCGGCGCGGCGGUCGAUCUUCUCCGAGGCCGGUGGUUUAUGUUUGUUCGCGUACAUGUGGCACCGGUGUCUCUUGCCGGUGUUGGACGCUCUUGUUUUGCGGGUCCACAAGGAGACAAGAGCAGACGCUUUACUAGUGCUGCCCCUCUACAUCCUCUUCCAGAUCCUCAUCUCGGCGCCGUUCCCGCAGUUCCGGGAGGCCUGGGAGCGGCUGCGGAAGGGCCGGCCGCAGUUCCGCGACGUCGCGAACCCGCUGUGGAUCUUCGCGAUCUUGUUCCUGCUGUCCUUGGUGUCGUACUCGUGGGGGUGAGGUUCUCGCGGCCGCGUCGACGGCGCCGACGCGGCGCCGGUACCACGCUGAAAUGCUCGCACGCGCCUCGCCGCCCGUCACCGAACUCUCUCACGACGUCGGUACGACGUCGGCGCGACGUCACCGCUGCGGGCGCCGCGCACCACUGAAAUUCGCUUAGCUUAACAGUCAAAUGUACAC